UAACACAACAGAAGAACAAAGAUGGCCUCAACUCAACCCAUAUUCAUAGUAGUUGUAGUCAUCUGCGCAGGGGGUCUUGUCUUGCUUUCUUUGCUGACUUUUGCUCUAUAUUGCUGCUUUCAGAAGAGGAAGGAGAGCACACAAGAAACUGAUAUCAUCCAUAUCGAUGAGCAUAAAAAGGGCAAGGAAACCAUUGUUCCGGGUCCUUUUGGACAACAAGCAGUAGUUAUAUCAGUUGAAGAUGAUGUGCAUGUAGACGAAACAAGAAAGAAAGAGAAAUUCGAUCAUGGUUUACAUGCCCAAUCAUCCUCAGCAACCAUACAUAUCGAUGAGCAUAAAAAGGGCAAGGAAACCAUUGCACCUGGUCCUUUUGGACAACAAGCAGUAGCUAUAUCAGUUGAAGAUGAUGUGCAUGUAGAUGAAUCAAAGAAGAGUGAGAAACUAGGUCAUGGUUUAUAUGCCAAAUCAUCUUCGGCGGAAGCAAAUCAUCACAAUUCUAACAGCCUAGACGUUGGAGCUUCUCAUGGUCAUCAUCACCAGCUUGAGAACAAGUCCUAAUUGGAAUAAUUGUGUAAACUUAAAUACAGACUAUUAUACUUGUAGAAGGACUCCCAACAAAUAUUCCACUUCACCUAAAAUACAUCAACAAAUAACCAUUCUUCAUUUGUUUUCUAUUUCUUUUUUCCUUUUGGUGUGCUAAACUCAGUAUUUGUUGAAUCUCCUUCUAUCAAGUAAUGAAAACAAGCUUGUAUCUCCUUCUACACGGCAUUUGAAGCUCUAUGUAUACAAUCAUCUGACAAAUAAACAAUCUCAAUUUAUAUGCUAAAAUCUAGCUUUCACUA